AGAUGGUAGCCUUGCCGCCUACACACCCUGGGUUUGGGAGUUCAGGGAAAAGUUUCCUCAUUGAUAAUCUCCUGCGGUCACCCACGUGCCCGGUGGUCCGGCGGCCGCUGGCGAGCCCCCGGUUCUCGGUGCACGGCUGUCCAUGUCUUAGCGGACCUGUUGCAGCUACAAACGGCGUGGGAUGGGGCUCUCGGUGUGCCAUACCAGCAGAACGGAGCAGUCUCACAUUGAAAGAUGGUGAGGCGGUUAUGGUCGAGCAACCUCACCAGGCCCUGUGGUCCGACUUCCUCCAGAGUGGCCUGCAGAUCCGCAUGGCGUGCUGCGGUGGGUCCAGCCCUUCUCUACCCCCCCCCACGGCUUUUCCGAAAAGAGCUGGUCUGUCGCUGUUGUGCCCAGAGGCGAGCCCCAAGGCUCUGCGGGGAAUCCUGAGGCGGGCUGUUUUCUCCGAGGUCCAGAGGAGGGCGCUGGAGAAGACGUUUGAGAGGCAAAAAUACAUCAGCAAAGCAGACAGAAAUAAGCUUGCAGCCGAUCUGGGCCUGAAGGAGUCCCAGGUAAAGAUCUGGUUCCAGAAUCGGAGGAUGAAAUGGAGGAACUCAAAGGAGAAGGAGACUCUCUGUCUGAGGACUCCGAUGGAGGAGCUUUCACUAAGGAGCGAUGCAGGGAUGGUGGAGGAAGAGGAGCAGCAGGAGAUGCAAGGGUCACGUCAGACCCAGAAGAUGCACAGUGACACGUCAAAAGCAUGGCCAUCCCUGACAGAAGCCAGGGGACGUUCGAAGGGACUUGCCACCGUUACUCUGGAGUGCUCCAAAGGAGACCCACCCACCCUGAGCUGGAGCUAACACCUGGGGAAGCCAGCAAACAAAAACAGGAAGUCCCGCCCCUCAACUUCCUGUGGACACUAUGGGACAUAGCUGUAAGCAUUUUAUACUCAACUCUGAAUUCAGUCCGAAAGGCUCAAAAUCAAAGGAAAAAGAAAUAAAUCCAUUCUGAGGAGAACAGAGAAACACAAAUCUACAAAUCACAAAAUCACAGGCGAAAAUUCGAUCAUCCCAAUUAUGUAAAAAUGUUUAUUAUUGUACAUAUUAGUGCAGUUUGUUCUUCAUACACUUUUUCUGAAUCUUGCAUUUCUAAAGAGUUUGCAUUUUCCUUAUAAGCUGGUGUUAUAAGAAUCAAAAUGUUUGUCCAUCAU